AUGGGUAGCAUGCGCCGACAGGCAUCGAGUUCCUCAUCGUGUACAGUGACAGUCGAGUCGGAUAGCGAUGUAGACGUGGAGAGUUUGGGCGGUGGGGAGGCUGCGUGCAGAAAUAGCGCUCGCACCAUGGCUCUGGUGUUCUUUGUGCUCGGCGCGGGCUUAGAACUGCCUUACCAGGCUCUCAUCUUAGCAGUUGAUUUCUUCAAGGAUCAUUACGACGGCGGGAUUGUGUACAGUGUGACCGUCGCUUUCGACCCGACAGCGUUGCUCACCCUGGUCCUCUUGAUGAAGGGCCUCGACGCCUGGCUGUGCUCGCGGCAUUUGCGCUGUGCGGUGGUUUUCGUGUUCGAGGCCUUUCUGCUCAUGUGCAUCCACGCGUUGCCACGCUUCAAGCUCAUUGCGUUGCCAGCCACGCUCGCUUGCGUCAGCGCCAUCGGUGUGGGCACAGCUCUGCAGCACUUCAGCGUUUUUGGCUUCGCCGCGGAGAGUUACCCUCGUUGCGUCGCUUCACUUUCAUCGGGCCUCAACUUCUCUGGCGUCAUAGCAUCUUUCAUCCGCUUGGCUACAAAGUUGCUGGACACAGGGCACUUCGGCCACGACAUCGAUCUUGAGGGCGCGUACUUCGGGUUCACUGCAAUGUGGUGCUUGGCUUGCGCCGCCAUCGUGUUUGGGAUCUCGCCGCCGCUUGAUGCUUGGAGCUGUUGCUGUUUACAAGAGGAUAAUGAUUCUACAGUCCAGCAGCUCAGCAGGGUCAGAGCGUCUUGGACACGGUCUGGUGGCACUUCUGGCUGA